CUCUUCUGUUUGGAGAGCUCCCUAUCUCACCUACCCUUCAUUUGUAAUUGGUGCAGGACAGCCAAGCUCUUUCCCCUCUUUAGUUUACAGCUUAGGAGGGGAGUUAAUCUUGAUUGUGAGCACAUUGCUGGAGCAAACCUUUUACAACUCAGGGUUUAGAGAAUACUUUCUAUCCUAAUUCUGACUUAAUGUCAGGGGAUGAAAUCCAUGUGGUUAUAUGUGUCUGAUAUUUACAAUUUGUCCUAGUUUUUCUCUUCCUUUAGUAGUUGAACUUCCAGCACCUGAACUGGCCUCCCCUGGGUCAGUUAGAGUAACUUGGAUUCACUAGCUCUGGCUAGUGUCAUGCUGGGAGGGUGUAAAGUGCAGUUUCCCCUGAAGAUCUCCAUUACCAGUCUGGCCUGUGAAAGGGAGGAGUUGUUCUCUUCAGUGUCCUUACUUUUCAGAUCUCCCUGCUUAAUACAGGAUCUGUUUGUUGCCCAGGUGGAGUCAGUUCUUGAGCAGAAUGAGUUCAUCUCUCCUGCUCUCUAGGCCGCGUUCUGAAGAAGAGAAACCCAUUGCUGUCUUGUGGGGCUGCGAGCUGAACACCAGCACCAGGAGGUGCGUGGUGAUGGAAGAAGACGACUUCUUGGAACACCUGGUCUUAUUGAAAACAAUCUGUCUCAGUGCAGAGGCCAAGGACGAACCACACGUGGUGGCAGUAGCUUCAAAAAACACCUACGGUGACAACAGGCCAGUGCCCAUCGCUUCACUGAGGCUCUCUGUCCUACCCAUGAUCAGUCUUGAUGGCUUUGAAUUUAUCCCUCCUGUUGCCUUUGAAUUAAAGUCUGGGACUGGGCCAGUUUAUCUCAAUGGACAACAUCUAAUCUUGGAAGAUGAUGCAGAAUACGAAGCCAGAGGAGGAUGGCUAGCAGAGGAGUCAUUAUCUUCAGCUGUUGUGGAAGAAAAUACAGUAACAAAAUUUAAUUCUAGCCAACUUGUAUUUGGUGUAAAUAAGAGGGAAAAAAUUAACCAUCUCCCAACUUUUCAAAGUAGUUGUAACCUCUUUCCAAGAACUUGCUGUUUGUUCUCAUUCCAAUCCGCGACACUCUGAUCAACAUUUUUUUUUCCUUCUUUUUCUUUUUUCAUGCAACAACACUAAGGAGAAGCUAUAAAUAUCUUGGAUUCCAUGGACAAGUAAUCAAAAUGACAGACUUCUGCUCCAGCAACAGCUUCUAACGUUGGGCAAUAUGUUGCGUUUAGAUGGCUAACCUCUUUGAUCUCUUUCCUGUUUGGUUGCAUGCUGUUAGGUCUCUGAAAUGUUUGCUCCAGGCGUAAUGGUCCAGUCAAGCCUCUCUCCAGUGUGUUUAAUGCCUUUCUACUACGGCAGCAAUAGAUCCAUGGGUCAGGAUGUGCCAGUGAUUCAUGGAAAUCUAAGACUGGGGAAGGGCCAACUAGGUUCCAUCUAAUACAGGAUUAUUCCUAUAACAGCUUCUCAUGCUGUGUCCAGUCCACUUCUUAACUAUCCCAAAUGACUGGAUGUCCAGCACUGGGCUUAGGAGAGAUCUCAUUGUGGGGGGGAUGCUCUGCAUUUCCCCUUGCCUCCUAGUUGUGCCCCUUUGUACACUCUAAACAACGGGCCAUGGCUAGUCACUCCACUGGAACGGCUCGCCAUUUUGGAAUGUUCCAGCUACUUUGUCCUACCAGCUGCUGGCUUCCUUUGGGUGCUGAUUGGAAAAGUCAGGCAUGGCUCUUCUAACAUUCCAAAGUUCCCAUUUAUUCCUCAAAAUAAGCGUCUGUCUUUCCAAAAGGACUCAGCAAAGCGGGCGCGCGUUGGGUGCUGAGCUCCUCCUGAGAAUCUGGCCCUUCAGUCAGGGGCAGGUUCUAGAGGAGGUGUUAAAUGGUUAGGGCGGGGCAAAGAGCCCGGCAUGACGGGAGGCACUCAACCCGACGGUCCUCUUCUAGCUCUCCCAUUUUGGGGGGCAUGCGGCUGGAGGCCUGGAUGCAUCAGUGUCCUUCGCCUGCCUUGCUUCUGAGC